UUUGCAGUCUAGUAUUCACAAAAGAAAGACGACCACAAGAACCAGUUUCCGGCUUUCUCUUUCCAGUUUUCGCUCGAGACUCUCUCCAGCCGUUGAGGCUCAGCGUAGACUCUAAACGACGCUGGUUUUCUUUGCUCGCCGAUUUUCCCUCUCCCUUUACGGCAUUUCUCCGGGGGCAUUUCCGAGGUUUGGUGUGAGUAUCUCAUGUCAGAUGUGUUGUCAGUAACUUUGCAGUGGAUGUGAGAACUCCAGAGAACUUAUGCAAUCAAUAGUCAGUCAGUCCAGAAGAACAUGUUUGCAUAAUCUGGUACUAGAUGUCAGAUGAGAACAUACUGAGAAUGGAAAGAUCCGAAGCAUUUACUUCCAAGAACUGAAAACUUUCUUCUGUGUAUGCAUCUUAUGAUGUGGUAUAUUUACUGCUUAUUUGUGUUCAAAGCACAGUUUGUUUCUUGAUGCACUUUAUGAUCAUCAACUGGUGCUCUUGCGGUUUCUUUAUCCCCAGUUGCCAUGGAAAUCAGAUUCAAAGCUGUUGAUGCGUUGUUGAUCAGUAGAAUGAAAAAAUGGUUGGGCAGUCUUUUAGUUGCAUCAUUGUUUAUGCUGCUGAUCCUGAGAUACGGUGUCAUGAAAAAUCCUAUUGGGGAAAGAUAUUUAACAAGUCUGUUCUCACCCAAUGCCAGUAACCCUCUAGAGUUGCAUGAUGCUGUAGUUCCACCAGCAGUUCAAAAUCCAGAGAAUGCUUCUACGGUGGUUCCUGCUGCUACCAUAGUCUUAAGUCUCCUUGCUCAGAGAAAUAUCUCUAAGGAAGAGGAAAAAACUUUGCAGACAUGGAACCAUUUGAAGCACUUAGUUAAUCAUUCACAGGGCUUACCUAAUGCAGUAGACUCUAUCAAGGAUGCUGGAGGUGCGUGGAAUAGCCUUAUGGAUUCAGUUGAAGAGAAAAGACUUCGGGAUGGGAAUGAAAGUUCACGUGGGAGAGGAAAAGAGAAGCAGUGUCCUUAUUUUUUAAAUAAAAUGAACAAGUCAGAGCUUGAUAAUAGCAUUUAUAAGUUGAGGGUUCCUUGUGGCCUGACUCAGGGUUCUGCUAUUACAAUUAUAGGAAUUCCAAAUGGUCUUCUUGGCAAUUUCCGUAUUGACUUAACCGGGGAAUCACUUCCAGGGGAGCCUGAUCCACCCAUCAUCUUACAUUACAAUCUAAGGCUUCAUGGUGAUAAGAUAACUGAGGACCCUGUAAUUGUCCAAAACACCUGGACUGUCGCUCAUGAUUGGGGUGAAGAGGAGCGUUGUCCAUCCCCUGCUCCUGAAAAAAUUAAGAAAGUGGAUGAUUUGGAUCAGUGCAACAAAAUGGUAGGAAAAGAGGAUAGCCAAUUCAUUGCUAUCACACAUUCCAACACUUCAAGACGAUCUUCAAAUGUGCAAGAAGGAUCUAAGACCAGAAAAUACUUCCCUUUUAACCAAAAUCAUCCAUUUGUUGCAACACUUAGAGUGGGAUUGGAGGGGAUUCAGAUGACCGUUGAUGGAAAGCACAUAACAUCCUUUGCUUUCCGUGAAACAUUGGAGCCUUGGCUCGUAAGUGAAAUAAAAAUUUCUGGAGACCUAAAGUUAAUUUCUGUCCUCGCAAGUGGUCUACCUACAUCAGAGGAUUCUGAGCAUAUAAAUGAUUUAGAAACACUAAAAUCAGUUCCUCUCUCUCUUCAAAGACCAUUGGAUCUCUUCAUUGGUGUUUUCUCUACUGCAAACAAUUUCAAGCGUAGGAUGGCUGUCCGAAGGACAUGGAUGCAGUAUCCCGCAGUGCGGUCAGGGGCAGUUGCAGUUCGAUUUUUUGUUGGUUUGCAUAAAAACCAAAUAGUGAAUGAGGAACUUUGGGACGAGGCAAGAACGUAUGGAGAUGUUCAGUUGAUGCCUUUUGUCGACUACUACAGCCUUAUCACCUGGAAAACUUUAGCAAUCUGCAUCUUUGGGACUGAGGUUGUUUCAGCAAAGUUUGUUAUGAAGACAGAUGAUGAUGCAUUUGUCCGUGUGGAUGAAAUAUUGGCUUCGUUAAAUAGGAUCAAUGUGGCUCAUGGGUUGCUCUAUGGGCUCAUAAAUUCAGAUUCCCGACCAGAUCGAAAUCCUCAUAGCAAGUGGUAUAUUAGUCCUGAGGAAUGGCCUGGGGCGAGGUAUCCUGGUUGGGCGCAUGGUCCCGGUUAUGUGGUGUCGCAUGAUAUAGCAAAAGAAAUCUACAUGAGAUACAAAAAAGGAAAUUUGAAGAUGUUUAAGCUAGAAGAUGUAGCAAUGGGAAUCUGGAUAGCAGAUAUGAAGGAUGUUUUGAAAGUUCAAUACAAGAAAGAAGAGAAGGUCUAUCCCUUGGGGUGCAAGGAUGGUUAUAUUGUCGCGCAUUACCAAGGUCCCAGGGAGAUGCUCUGUUUGUGGCAGAAACUUCAAGAAGGACAUGGUGCUAGGUGCUGUGGUGAUCGAUAAGCAUAAUUAGUUACGAUCCUCAAAUCAAGCUUUUUGAAGGCAGAAGAUAACUGGAGACUCAUGGAGAUUCUAACUGAUCUGAAUCCGACAGAUCCACAGAGGGGGAAAAAAAUCGUUUUUUUCCGAAUUUCUUAAUUAAAAUGAGCGUUGGAAGUUUUUGUUCGUGAGAAGAUUGGGGGUCUUGGAGGGUUUCCAUUGUUGUAUAUUUAGAGAUAUUAGUCUAGUCCAGCCGGUGUACAGAUACGCAUUUCGCAUGACCUGGAAAAUCUUUUUAACGUGGGGAGAGAGACAGAGAGAGCCUUGUUCAUGUAUAGUACACUCAGCAAUAGCAUAUCAUAAAUAUACAGUACUGAUUCCUUCUA